ACUGCUCUCCCUUUUUAAAAGACAGCGCCCCACAAAAAGCUAGAGAAAGUACUUCGACGUACUCACUCAAAGUUUUAGACCGCCAUGUCUUUCAACGCGACGGCAGCAACCAUGCAUUCUGCUGCGGCUCAGCAGUUAUAUCCCAACUUGGAUUUCUCUUCAUUGAACUGGCUCGAGCAGCUAUGGGUUAGUUGGUAUUUGUGGAUUGACAACCCCAUCAUCGCGACUGGUUUGGCCAGUUUCCUCUUGCAUGAGAUUGUGUACUUUGGUCGUUCUAUUCCUUGGAUCAUCAUCGACGCUAUCCCAUUCUUUCAGAAGUGGAAGCUGCAGCCUAACAAGAUCCCGACACCUCAGGAGCAAUGGCAGUGUACUAAACAGGUUUUGUUCUCUCACUUCACGAUCGAGCUUCCUGCUAUCUGGUUGUUCCACCCACUUGCUGAAAGCCUUGGCAUGUCUACCUACCAGGUUCCCUUCCCUUCAUGGCAAACUAUGCUCCCCCAGAUAGCUAUCUUCUUCGUCUUCGAGGACAUGUUCCACUACUUUGCUCACCAAGCUCUUCACACCGGUGUCCUGUACAAGCAUAUUCACAAGAUUCAUCACAAAUACUCUGCUCCUUUCGGGCUUGCUGCAGAGUACGCUCACCCCGCUGAAGUUUUCAUCCUCGGUACUGGUACUAUCGCCGGACCACUGUUGUAUUGCUACUUCACCCGGAACUUGCACAUCUUCACGGUCUACUUGUGGAUAACUCUGCGUCUCUUCCAGGCCAUCGAUGCUCACAGCGGUUACGACUUCCCCUGGUCCCUCCAGCACAUCCUCCCCUUCUGGUCUGGUGCUGAACACCACGAUUUCCACCAUAUGGCAUUCACGAACAACUUCUCGACCUCGUUCCGGUGGUGUGACCGUAUUUUCGGCACUGAUGACAAGUACCGGGAAUAUCGUAAACGUAUUGCUGCCAGUAAGGCUGCUAUGAAGAACAAGAGCAAGGAUGAGCAGGAGGCGGCUGAGCGUGAGCUGAUUGCAGAGAUCGAGGCCGAGGGUAUUCGGGCUGAGGCUAUAGCAGAAGGCAGUGCGCCAAAGACAGUGAAAGUCCAGUAAACGCAUGGGAUAUGCCAUUUAAUAUUGAUAGAUUGCGCACAUAUUAUACCUGGUUAUGAAUAAUCAAUUGGAUGCAUUUUUUGCGAUA